GUCAUUAUUUACAAACGAGACUAAUUGAAAGACAUCAAUUAGUUGCAUGAAGAAUAACUCAUGUGCAAACGACUUUGAUCACUUUACGAUUAUCAAUCAAUAAAAGGGAGAAAUUUUGUUAAAUAUGUAGCAAUCACUUUGCUUAAGCCACAAAUUUACAACGAUUUCUAAGACGAAACUAAGAACAACAUGGGUGUCAAGACAGCAUUUGUUCUUGUUGCCACAAUCUUAUUGGUUAUUACCAUACAAUGCGAUGCUCAAUACCGUGGUAGGCGUGGACGUCAUCAUCAUCAUCACCACGGUGGUGGGCGUGGAUAUUACUCUGGUGGGUUUGGAGGGCCUUUCAUUGGUGGAUUUGGAAGAGGUCUUGGAGGCGGUAUUGGCAUAGGAUUACUCGCAGGAGCUUUUGGUGGAGGCGGUUUCGGUUCCCCAUUCGGAUAUGGAUAUCCAAUCGGAGGAUUUGGUUUCGGUGGUUUGGGAGGUUUCGGAUAUCCUGGAUUCGGAUUAUACUAAUGACGUAUGCUAGAAGCUAGAAUGUCGAUAAAAGAAACCCACAAAUUAUUACAAAAUGAACUAUCUUCAUCUUUCUUUUUAUUCGUUUUUUAAAUCUUACUUUUCUAACUUAUUUUUUCUAUCUUGAAUUAAAUGUUUAAUGAAUAUAGUUUGUAUAACUCAAUACUCUGUAAUGCUAGAAACCAAUCUAAUACAUACUGUGAUUCAUGAAAUAAAGUUUUCAAUUUAUAACAUAUAAA